AUGGCUUCAACACCCCCUUAUCCGCCAACGCCGCCCAUCAAGCGGCAACUUGUAAAUUCUUCCCAAAUCGCCUCUUCCACACUUCUCAAUCCUCUUCCGGUUCUUCUGCGAUUAUACACCUGGCCAUUCUUGGCAGCUUAUCCGGCGCUUUUCUCACUAUGGAUGAGGCAGGAGAGCUAUGACAAGUAUUUUCAGAGUCAGGAAUGGACGGUCUUGUACUUUUUGUCAACGUUUGGGUUGCAGAGUUUGAUCUGGCUCGGGUGUCAUUGGAGCAUGGGCUGGAGGGCUUUUAUCACUGGAAUCAAGGCAUCGAGAGUUGAGGAUGCGACAUUAAUUAGAAUCAUGCCCGUUGAAAAUGCUGGAGCUCCAGAUAUCUGUAAACUCGUUCGCGACAGGACUGGCGAGAAGGAAGAGAUUUCAUUCUUGUUCCAAAAGCGCCGCUUUCUCUACUCUCCCGAAACUGGCUCAUUCUCACCGCUUGUCUACCCUGUUGACGAAGACCCAAAAUUGGCCGAUUACCAACUCACCAAGGGCCUGAAGAGCGAAAAGGUCGUCGAUCGCUUGAAGCAUCACUAUGGUCUCAACUCUUUCGAUAUCCCCGUACCGACCUUCACCGAGCUCUUUCAGGAGCAUGCCGUCGCACCGUUCUUCAUUUUCCAGCUAUUCUGUGUCGGUCUGUGGUGUCUAGAUGAAUACUGGUACUACUCAAUCUUUACAUUGGUCAUGCUUGUCGCUUUCGAGUCAACUGUUGUUUGGCAGCGCCAGAGGACUCUUACUGAAUUCCGUGGCAUGAGCAUUAAGCCUUACCCAAUUUUUGUUCAUCGCUCCGGAAAAUGGACAGAAAUCCAGUCUGACCAGCUUCUUCCCGGCGAUCUUGUCUCCGUUGGGCGUACAAAGGAGGACUCGGGUGUUGCGUGCGACAUGGUCUUGAUCUCUGGAACUGCUAUUGUCAACGAGGCUAUGUUGUCCGGAGAAUCUACGCCUUUGCUGAAAGAUUCAAUUGCGCUUAGGCCUGGCGAAGCUAACCUGGAUAUCGAGGGUUUGGACAAGAAUGCCAUGCUUUACGGAGGAACAAAAGUUUUACAGAUCACACAUAAUACUGCCAACCCUGAUGAUGCCCCUCUUGAGAACAAAUCCGGUGUUGUGCCUCCCCCAGAUAAUGGUGCUCUUGCUGUUGUCACACGUACCGGAUUCGAGACCAGUCAAGGUUCUUUGGUUCGCACCAUGAUCUACUCUACUGAACGUGUUUCCGCCAAUAAUGCCGAAGCUCUAUUGUUCAUUCUAUUCCUACUCAUGUUCGCCAUUGCUGCAAGUUGGUAUGUCUGGACCGAGGGUGUGCAGAAGGAUCGCAAGAGAAGCAAGCUUUUGUUGGAUUGUGUCCUGAUUAUCACCUCUGUUGUACCCCCGGAGCUCCCCAUGGAACUCAGCUUGGCUGUGAACACCUCUUUGGCCGCUUUGAGUAAAUACGCUAUUUAUUGCACGGAACCCUUCAGAAUUCCAUAUGCUGGAAGAGUUGACGUCUGUUGUUUCGACAAAACUGGGACUCUUACCGGUGAGGAUUUGGUUGUCGAGGGUAUUGCUGGAUUGAACCCAGGAAAGGAUGGGAUGUCAAAAUUGAGAAAGGUUGAACACGUUGGUGGAGAGACCACCCUUGUUUUGGCUACCGCGCACGCACUUGUUAAGCUUGAUGAGGGUGAGGUCGUUGGUGAUCCCAUGGAGAAGGCUACUCUCACUGCACUCGGAUGGUCUCUCGGGCGUGGGGAUAUCCUAACCAGUAAAGCUACUAGCGCUGCCCCGGGAAGUGCUUUCUCAAGCCCGGCAGGGACUGUUCAGAUCAAGAGACGUUUCCAGUUCUCUUCAUUGCUCAAGAGACAGAGUUCAAUUGCUUCAGUCCUGAUUAACCGUGAUGGAAAAAGAUCCAAGGCUACGUUUGUCGGUGUCAAGGGUGCUCCGGAAACGGUUCGAAAGAUGCUUGUUGAGGUUCCACCUAACUAUGAGGAAACCUUCAAAUACUUUACUCGUCGUGGCUCUCGUGUUCUCGCUCUCGGAUACAAGUACCUGGCGACCGAAGGCGAGUGGGGCCAAGCUAAGAUCAAUGCUUUGAAAAGGGAGGAUGUUGAGUCUCAACUCCACUUCGCCGGAUUUUUGGUUUUGCAGUGCCCGCUGAAGGACGAUGCAAAGAGCACCGUUCGGAUGUUGAAUGAGAGCUCCCACAGAGUUGUUAUGAUUACUGGUGACAACCCGUUAACUGCUGUCCAUGUUGCCCGUGAGGUGGAGAUUGUCGAUAGAGAUGUCCUGAUUUUAGACGCUCCUGAGGAAGGUACUUCCGGUGAUCACGAGUUGGUCUGGAGAAAUGUUGAAGAAACUGUCAUCAUCCCUGUCAACCCAAGUGAUCCUCUUGAUAAGGAAAUUCUGAAAAAUAAGGAUAUCUGCAUCACAGGUUAUGCACUUGGGAAGAUGCAGGAUCAGCCAGGUGUCGUUGAUUUAUUGAGGCACACCUGGGUCUAUGCUCGUGUUUCACCACUUCAGAAGGAAUUUAUUCUCAACGGACUGAAAUCUGCCGGUUACACAACUCUCAUGUGUGGUGACGGGACCAACGAUGUCGGUGCCUUGAAACAGGCUCAUAUUGGUGUAGCACUCUUGAACGGCUCCGAAGAGGAUCUCAGGAGGAUCGCAGAGCAUUAUCGCAUCACAAAGUUCAAGGAAAUGUACGAAAAGCAGGUAUCCUUCACUAAGCGAUUUAAUCAGCCAGCUCCCCCACCACCAAUCCAUAUUGCGCACCUCUACCCUCCAGGACCCGGAAACCCGCAUUACGAAAAAGCCAUCGAGCGCGAAGCGAACAAGAAAGGUGUUUCUGCCGCAAGCCUCGCUGCAAAGCAAGAGGCCAGCAAUAUUCCAACCAUUGUUACCCCUGGCGCCAGGGCCCUGCAGCAAUCCCAGAACCCGGCCAAUAAGAACCAAGCAGGUGCAAACGCUGCUGCUGCUAUGGCAGACAAAAUGAUGAACUCCAUGAUGGAGAUGGAAGAUGAUGCUGAACCGCCCACUAUCAAGCUUGGUGAUGCUUCAGUCGCUGCACCUUUCACUAGCAAACUCGCCAAUGUCGUUGCUAUCGCCAACAUUAUCCGUCAAGGAAGAUGCACCCUGGUCGCAACUAUCCAGAUGUACAAAAUCCUUGCAUUGAAUUGUUUGAUCUCGGCCUACUCUCUGUCAGUUUUGUAUCUUGAGGGCAUUAAAUUCGGUGAUGGACAAGUUACUAUUUCUGGCAUGUUGAUGAGCGUGUGCUUUUUGAGUCUUUCAAGGGCAAAGCCUGUUGAGAAGCUUGGAAAAGAGCGACCGCAGCCAAAUAUCUUCAACUUCUACAUCAUUGGCUCUGUUUUGGGACAAUUUGCAGUCCAUAUCGUUACUCUGAUUUACAUCUCUAGAUUUGUCGCCAGACUUGAACCACGUGAUGAGAACGUUGACCUUGAAGGAGAAUUUACUCCAAGUCUUCUCAAUUCCGCCAUCUAUCUUCUCCAGCUCAUUCAGCAAAUCUCUACCUUUGCAAUCAACUACCAGGGCCGUCCUUUCCGUGAAUCUAUCCGCGAGAAUAAGGGAAUGUACUAUGGACUCAUUGGUGUUGCGGCCGUUGCCUUCUCUUGCUCAACUGAGUUCAUUCCCGAAAUUAACGAGAAGCUUCGUCUUGUCCCGUUCACCUCCGAGUUCAAGAUGACCAUGACUAUUGUCAUGAUACUCGACUAUGCCGGUUGUUGGAUUAUUGAAAAGGGUUUGAAGCGUGCGUUUAGUGAUUUUAGACCAAAAGACAUCGCGGUCAGGAGAGAGGACCAGGACAAAAGGGAGGCAGCCAGGGUGCUGAAGGAAGAGAAGGAAGCUUUGGAAGCUAAAGAGAAGGGACUAGUUGUUCCGGGGGCAAAGCCUGGCUUUGCAGCGCCGAGGUAA